GGAAACGCAAACUCGGAUAUCCAAUUUGGCAAAUUGGGUUCCGAACUCCAGAAUUUUCUUGGGGGACUAUAACUAUUGAGGUAGUCCUAAAAACGAACUCAAUCGAUAAAUCGAAGAGAUGAAUAUACUGUGGAAGAGCGAAUCAUGGCGAUGGAUCGUAACAAAAACUCGGGAUUCAAAACCAUUCUUCUUCACUUUUGCAAUGGUUUGUGGUGUUAUUCCUGGUAUUGUCGGCUAUGGGGUUAUGCAAGUCACCAACUCUCGUAAUGAGAAGCUUGAGUCCCAUCUUCGCAACAACUCUCGCCCUGAAACUAGGAUGAUGGGAGAAGUAAACAAAGAGAGGCUUGCUGAAUAUCUAGCUGAACUGCAGCGAAAGGAAGACACAAAUGAUCGAUAUGUGGCUGCUUUGAGAGGGGAGACGUUAACUAGAAAACCGUACGUGAGGAUACAACCCAUUCCUAAGCAAAAUCCUACGGAACCUACUGAGAAAUAGAGAAUUAAAUCAAUGAACGUUAACUGGUUGCAUCCAAACGUUUCUUGUAAUUUUAUGAAUUAGAUGGGGUUUUCCCUAGUAGAAAUGCCUAUUUUUUAAUUUAUAUUACUGUUGUACGUGUGGGUGUAAUUUCGUCCUACGAAUUUUUUUCAUUUUCCAAACGUUUAUAGUUUUUGGUUUUGAAAUAUAUUAAGAUAGUUCAUUAAAAA